CGGGGCCGCGCCGGCGCGGCCACCAACCUGGGGCUGUCCGUGGAGGGCGAGUGCUGGUUCCGGGGAGAGGCGACGCCCUUCGGGGCCAACGGGCCGCACGCCGAUGUGGCCGUGGGAACGACUCACCCGUUUUCCAGCUCUGGGGCGGGGCUGGGGUCGGGGUCGGCGCCCAUGGGGGCCCCGCCUCCGUCCCCUGGCCUGCCCCCGUCGUGGGCCGCGAUGAUGGCGGCCCUGUACCCGAGCACGGACCUCUCGGGCGUCUCCUCCUCCUCCCUGCCUUCCUCCCCAUCCUCCUCGUCGCCCAACGAAGUGAUGGCGCUGAAGGAUGUGCGGGAGGUGAAGGAGGAGAACACCCUGAAUGAGAAGCUUUUCUUGCUGGCGUGCGACAAGGGUGACUAUUAUAUGGUUAAAAAGAUUUUGGAGGAAAACAGUUCAGGUGACUUGAACAUAAAUUGCGUAGAUGUGCUUGGGAGAAAUGCUGUUACCAUAACUAUUGAAAACGAAAGCUUGGAUAUACUGCAGCUGCUUUUGGACUACGGUUGUCAGUCCGCAGAUGCACUUUUGGUGGCAAUCGACUCUGAAGUAGUGGGAGCUGUUGAUAUACUACUUAAUCAUCGACCAAAACGAUCAUCAAGACCAACUAUAGUAAAACUUAUGGAACGAAUUCAGAAUCCCGAAUAUUCCACAACGAUGGAUGUUGCGCCUGUCAUUUUAGCGGCUCAUCGUAACAACUAUGAGAUUCUGACAAUGCUUUUAAAGCAGGACGUGUCUUUGCCCAAGCCCCAUGCAGUUGGCUGUGAAUGCACGCUGUGUUCUGCAAAGAACAAAAAGGACAGCCUCAGACAUUCCAGGUUUCGUCUUGAUAUCUAUAGAUGUCUGGCCAGCCCAGCUCUAAUAAUGCUAACAGAGGAGGACCCGAUCCUGAGAGCCUUUGAACUUAGUGCUGACUUAAAGGAACUCAGCCUCGUGGAGGUGGAAUUCAGGAAUGAUUAUGAAGAGCUAGCCCGUCAGUGCAAGAUGUUUGCUAAAGAUCUGCUUGCACAAGCCAGGAAUUCUCGUGAACUGGAAGUUAUCCUAAACCAUACAUCUAGCGAUGAGCCUCUUGACAAACGGGGACUACUAGAAGAAAGAAUGAAUUUAAGUCGUCUAAAACUUGCAAUCAAAUAUAACCAAAAGGAGUUUGUCUCUCAGUCAAAUUGCCAGCAGUUCCUGAACACCGUUUGGUUUGGACAGAUGUCAGGUUACCGCCGUAAGCCCACCUGUAAGAAGAUAAUGACUGUUUUGACAGUUGGCAUCUUCUGGCCAGUUUUGUCACUGUGUUAUUUGAUAGCUCCCAAAUCUCAAUUUGGCAGGAUCAUUCACACACCUUUUAUGAAAUUCAUUAUUCAUGGAGCAUCAUAUUUCACAUUCUUGCUGUUACUAAAUCUCUACUCACUUGUCUACAAUGAAGACAAGAAAAAUACAAUGGGGCCAGCCCUUGAGAGAAUAGACUACCUUCUCAUACUGUGGAUUAUUGGGAUGAUUUGGUCAGACAUUAAAAGACUCUGGUAUGAAGGGUUAGAAGACUUUUUAGAAGAAUCUCGUAACCAGCUCAGCUUUGUCAUGAAUUCCCUCUACUUGGCAACCUUUGCCCUCAAAGUGGUGGCUCACAACAAGUUUCAUGACUUUGCUGACCGGAAGGACUGGGAUGCAUUCCACCCCACACUUGUAGCAGAAGGGCUUUUUGCAUUUGCUAACGUUCUGAGUUACCUUCGGCUCUUUUUUAUGUAUACAACCAGCUCGAUUUUGGGUCCACUGCAGAUUUCCAUGGGACAGAUGUUACAAGAUUUUGGGAAAUUUCUGGGGAUGUUCCUUCUUGUUCUGUUCUCCUUCACAAUUGGACUGACACAACUCUAUGACAAGGGCUACACCCCCAAAGAGCAGAAGGACUGUGUUGGCAUCUUCUGUGAACAACAAAGCAAUGACACCUUCCACUCGUUCAUUGGCACCUGCUUUGCUUUGUUCUGGUACAUCUUCUCCUUAGCACACGUGGCCAUCUUUGUCACAAGGUUUAGCUAUGGAGAAGAGCUGCAGUCCUUUGUUGGAGCCGUGAUCGUUGGAACUUACAACGUCGUGGUUGUUAUUGUGCUUACGAAGCUGCUAGUGGCCAUGCUUCACAAAAGCUUUCAGUUGAUAGCAAAUCAUGAGGAUAAAGAGUGGAAGUUUGCUCGAGCAAAGCUAUGGCUUAGCUACUUUGAUGACAAGUGUACACUGCCCCCUCCUUUCAACAUUAUUCCUUCACCAAAGACUAUCUGCUACAUGAUCAGUAGCCUCAGUAAGUGGGUUUGCUCUCACACGUCGAAAGGCAAGGUCAAACGGCAGAACAGUUUAAAGGAGUGGAGAAACUUGAAACAAAAGAGAGACGAGAACUACCAGAAGGUGAUGUGCUGUCUGGUGCAUCGUUACCUGACGUCCAUGCGACAGAAGAUGCAGAGCACAGACCAGGCGACCGUGGAGAAUCUCAAUGAACUGCGCCAAGAUCUGUCGAAAUUCCGAAAUGAAAUAAGGGAUUUGCUUGGCUUUCGGACUUCUAAAUAUGCUAUGUUUUAUCCAAGAAAUUAAUCAUUUUCUAAAUCUUGUAGAAAUAAUUUUCCAUAACAAAUCUGAGACUGUAUUUGCAUACCUUACAACUACACUAAUAAGAUAUAUAUGGACAUAAACAAUUACACAAAAGCCAUUCUCUAAAUAUUUAUAGCAUAAAUAUAUGUCAUGUAAAAUAUGUAUAUAGAGUUAGUUUUUUAAAACCUGUCUGUGGCUUUUUGUAGAAGUGAAACAGAACAAGUAAACGGGUUUGUUAGCAUGCAGUUUUUUUUCUUAGUUCGUUAGUGCUUAAAAUUUGUAAUAUUUAAGAGGGGCAGCUAUCAGUGUACACAUUGCCCACUCCCUUUUAUAAAAUGAAGAUCAGCAAAUGCAGCUACCUUAAGAGACACUUGAAAUGUAGAGUUCAUGGUGUUUAAAAUCUCUGGUUUUAGGAGUUCACAUAGAGGUCAGUAUUUAUUGUUUAAGAGUAUAGUUUUAUCUAAAAUACCCUAUUUUUUCUUUUGUUAUAAUCUUAAGCAACAAAGAAAAGUCUCUAAAUAUUUGAAUUUAAGUCGGUCUUGUGGUGCACGGCUUUAAUCCCAGCACUUGGGAGGCAGAGGCAGGUGGAUCUCUGAGUUCAAGGCCAGCCUGGUCUGCAGAGUGAGUUCUAGGACAGCCAGGGCUACACAGAGAAACCCUGUCUCGAAAAACAAAACAUUAUUUAGUUCUAUCAGUCUAAAUUUACCUUGUUUUUUGUUGUGUAUUAUAUUUACUCUUACAUGGUUAUAAUAAUUUUAUAUUUUUUAUUUUGUUUUUUGACUUACUAUUUUAAAUAUAGUUCUCUGUAUUGAUGUAGUUCACAUAUUUAAAUAUUUAUAGAAUUCUGUGAUUUUUGAAAAAUAGUAGACAUCUUUUAGCCAUAGAAUAUUUGUUCAUAUUUAUGCAUUUGCAAAGUUACUUCUCUAGGCAUUUGGUUAGUUUUAACUUUUUCUUCUAACUUUUCAGGUUUGAGUAAGUUACAAAGUAUAAGCUGCUUGCUUUCAUGUGUGGUCACAGUGGGCUUGGCUGGAGAGCAUCAGGGGCUUUGAAAAAAGCUGCUUUAAGUUCAAAUGAAGGUUCUUGAGCUCUCUUUCGAAGUGUUUACCUUCUAGAAAAGUGACUUCGUGCUUGCUGCUUGAGAUGUAAAGCAUUGUUUUUCAGUUUGAAAAUAAAAGGUAUAUCUGACCUAUUCUGGUGUUGAUGUAAGGGUGUAGCUGAAGCUUUCCCAGCCAUUGCAUCGGCUCUUGCAGCAUGUUCACUGAGGAAUACACGUUUACUUUCUUAGCUGAAUCUCAGUUGGCAUUGAGGGCGCACAGGGUGCAGGCAGCCCUUGGCCCGUGAGCACCACCUACCCAGGGGGCGUCUGAGUAAUCUAGUGUUAGGUUUCAUCUUGCUUUUCACAUUUGUUUUUGAUGUUCAAGUUUAAGUCUUCCCUCUUUCGGGCAAAUUCUUAUAAAAAUGUUUAUUGUAAAGUUAUAUAUUUUGUCUACAAUGGAAUUAUGCACUUCCCUAUUGGGAUUUUACAUCAGGAUUUUUAGUCAUUCUAAAAAAUAUACUUAAUUAUUAAAAAAAAUCUAUAGAGUGCCUAUUGUGUGCAUGAAUUACUGAUGAGGUAUAUUUUGAAUGACAGCAUAUUGUAAGAAAAAAGGUGAAUAAAAUUUGGUAUUAGAUUAUAAAUUGA